UUCCACUUUCGACCACUUCCGCGCUUUCAGUGCGUUCCAGACUGCAGGGGAAAUUGGAAAUUGUCAAAAUAAACAAAAGGGACUGUCAGAUUGUGGCGUUUUUUCAGGACGAAUUUUCCUGGCUUUUUCCCAGCGAAAAUGGAUAGAUUUGCUAAGCUGUGUCGCCUGUGCUUGUCCCCGGAACAGGAGGUGUCACUGUUCUCCGAUCUCGACUACAGCAACCGCAAGUUCUACGAGGUGGUGAUCUCCUUCGCGAAUGUUCAGUUCUCCGUUACAGACGGCCUGCCACACAUGAUAUGCAAGAUGUGUGCGUCCCACCUCACAAAUAUCGAUCUGUUUCGGCAAAAGUGCGAAAUGUCGCAGAGGAAGCUGCUCAUGGAGAGCCUGUCGCUGGCCAAGAGUGUUCCGCAGCAGGAGAGCCAGACACUUGAUCCGCUGCUGUUGGGCAGCCAACUGGGCGGAGAGUUGCUGGAGGAGGAUGCACAGACAAAGCCGCUCUACGAGGCGACGUAUUCUGAGUCGAGCAGUACAAACUACCAACUGGAGUCCGGAGAGGUGAAAAUAAAGUCCGAGGAGGUGGAGGCCAGCAAGCGAGUGAGACAGAAGAGCAAUCCCACGCUGCGGGUGCGCCCCAAGCGAUACAAGUGCAUGCAAUGCAACAAAUCCGUGGAGUCGCCCAGCAAGCUCGUGAGGCACAUGCGAACCCACGAGAUCCAGACGCACAUCAUCGACUCCCAUCGGCUCUACACCUGCAACUACUGCACCAUCCGCUUCCGGAAGGUCAAGGACAUGCGCACCCACAUCAAGGCUUGCUCUCAGGCACACGGCCAGGACUUUCAGAAGCUGCUCAAGGCGAAACCACCCGCCGCGGGGCCCCCCAAGUGCGACUACUGCGAUCUGCAGUUCAACAGCGACGUGGAGCUCAACCAUCACGUGGAGAGCUUCCACGCGGAUCAACGGGGCGGAGGGCAGCAGUAGUCGCCGGAGGAAUGCGGCCGGGUAAUUUUAUUAGUCAAUAAAUGCUGCCCGCGAGAUUUCAUGCAUUUUGCGCCUUCGACUAUUCGCCAUAUUAUUUUUAUAGCAAAUUGGCGGCGUUUUCCAGCGGGCACGAAAUCUGAAACAUGCGUGUUCACCACUGGAAUAUGUCGAAACAUGUUUGAUUUUCCACGAUUUUCUCAUGUUCAUUUGUUGUGCAUCGUUUUCU